GGCGCUAAUUUCUUGCUACUGCUGCAGCGGCUCGACCGUCCAGUGUCCCAAUCUAUUUAGCCUCGCUGGUGUGCGCGAAAAGACCACAAACGACACAAACUUGCAAGAAUACGGCACAGCACCAACAUAUCCCAUGGUAAAGAUGAACGAUGGCCCAGAUCUGCUUUUUGGCAUCGAUCUUGGCAUGAGCUGUACCGGCGUUUCUUACCUCAACAGAACUAGAGGCAACAACAUUGUCCAGAUUUUCAAGGAUUGGGGCGGUUACAGGGUUGAGGAUAAAGCGCCCACCCGUCUCAAGUACGUUGACAACAAAGGAAAGCCUUCGAGCUGGGGCUUCAAAUGCGAGAACGACCACUAUGGCGAGGUUCAAGAAUGGUUCAAGACAGAUUUUGGAGUAGGCCCGAGAGCUUCGGACAGGCAGGUUAAGGUACGGCGACUGUACAUUGAUUACUUGGAAUGUCUGUACGAGCAGCUCCGAAGCGAGUUCCCGCCAGCUGUGCUGAACGGAAAGCAUUGGGACAGGGCAUCCAUACGCUUUUAUUUCAGUGUCCCUGCAACCUGGGACACCGCAAUUGUGGAUGAAUUCUGCGUCCUUGCCAGGAGAGCAGGUUUCGGCAGCCAGCCCGGGUUUGAUGUGAAAGCAACCCUGACCGAGCCGCAUGCCGUGGCUGCUUACACCCUCUCCUGCGAGGGCUUCAUUGAAAGCGGCCAGACCGUGCUUAUCAUAGAUGCAGGAGGAGGCACAGUAGACCUCUGUUUUCUAAAUAUUGACGACGCCUUGAAGGGAAAGAUUUCAAUGAGUGAGGUGAAGCCAGUCCAAGGAACCCAAUGCGGGUCGACAUUCAUUGACAGUGGAUUCAUGGAGCUCGCCAAAGCACGAUUACAACCACUAGCACAUAUGCUCGGUAGCUCGAUUGAAGACGUGGCCUGGCAAAUGAUGAGAGGCAUUGACUUCCAGAGCAACAAGAAGGAGCUCGGGUCAGGUCGUUGGGGUGAUGAGGACACCUUUCGGAUCAAAAUACCGAACAUGCCGCACUCCAUCUCUGAGGCGUCACUGAGAGUCAAGGACGGAGACAUGCAAUUUGCUUGGUCGGAGUUACGACAGAUCUUUGACACGCAAGUUGUUCAAAUGACCUGGAUGUUGGAUAGCAUGAUGGAGCAUCAGGGGCUUCGAGCCUCGCCGCGCUACAGCCAAGUCAACCAUGUCAUACUCUCGGGUGGGCUAGGGAGCUCCAAAUACGUUCAGAAAGAAAUAUUCGGUCACAUCUCGAAAUCUAAGCUUGGUUCGCUUCGAGGAGCUAAGCUGCAUCAAUCCACCGAGCCCCAAAUGUCGGUAUGCCGAGGACUUCUCGAGCAUGCCAUUCAGAGCCACGAGAGCUCGACCAUGUUCCGCAGCCGGUUAUCUAGAACCUCGCUGGGGGUUCCUUGUCGUGUGCGAUGCAAGACUAUGGCGACUGGGAGCAAAAAACACCUGCAGCGUCUGGCGGAAGACAAGGGUCGAAUCACCAAAGAUCAAUCCGGUCAGCGUUGGGUCGAAGGUUACAUGGAUUGGUUUGUGAGAUGGGGUGAUAACAUCAACGAUAGCAAAAGCAUUCGGUACCCUUUCAGCGUGGAGUUUGGACUUGAGCUGGAUCCAUCUCAUCGCAGAGCUCAAGUCCCAAUCAUGACUUCGCUGCGUAAUCCAGUUCCGGACUUCAACGAGCUUGAGGUUGUCCGCUUGCACACCACGCUCGACGCAGAUCUUUCCCAAGUAGGUCGCGGAAGCAUCGUCAAAAAGAACACGAUUUGGAGUCGGGGCAACAGAAACCCCGUUGUUAAAGUGCGCUUCUUGAUCGAGGCCGUUGUUGGAAUUGCAGAUGUAACGUUCAGAUGUCUCGACGCCGAAACUGGCAAACAAAUCAGCGCUGAUGCUGCUUUGCCGUUCCAAAUGGAGGAACGUUCUGUGCCCAUGCCUGCGAGCUUUCUGGUACGGGAAGAUACGGAUGAAUGACGAGUUCAGGGACAAAACGGGUCUUACGACUCUAGGUAUCAUUAUCAGAUAGAUUUCAACGAGGCGUACGAUCUAUUCGGAUUAUUUUUAACCUUUCCCGUAUAGAUAUAUAUAUAUAUAUAUAUAUAUAUA